AUGGUUAGUAGUGGUGCCGGUUCUCCGUGUGGCGCAUGCAAGUUCCUCCGCCGGAGGUGCGUUCCCGGCUGCGUGUUCGUGCCGUACUUUUGCUCCGACGAUGGUCCGGCCAUUUUCGCGGCCAUCCACAAGGUGUUCGGGGCUAGCAACGUCUCGAAAUUGUUGCUCCAGCUCCCGGUCCAGCAGCGCUUCCCCGCCGUGUUUUCCAUCGGCAUCGAAGCUCAAGCAAGAAUGGAAGACCCCAUUUAUGGCUGCGUCUCCCACAUCAUUGCUCUCCAACAACAGGUGUUGAACCUGCGAGCGCAAGUGAUGGAAGCAAGAGCUCUGCAGGCACAGUACUUGCUGAAUUCAAUGAACGCCCCUACGAUGGUGGGAGGGCAGGCGCCGUUUCCGGCCGCUGAUCUGAACGCGACAAACCCCAGCACCGUUGAUGGAGGGUUUUGGGCACUGGAGAUGGAAGCGGUCCGGUUUCCGGCUGAAGAGAGUAGCAUGCAGAGAGCUUCACCAUCGGACGUGGAUGAACUCCAAGCUUUAGCACUUAGAAUGACCAAACCCGAGCCUAGGUUCUAG